CCCGGCCGGGGGCACGGCUUCCCCAAACCCGCGGGCACAGAUAAAGCUAUACACAACAGACAAUUAAGUGUAGAAAGACCUUUGGAGGAACAGAUUGCUGAAGCUGAGGCAGACAAGAAUAGAAAAAUAGCUCCCACAGAAAAUAAGCCAGAGUUCAGGAAUUAUUCCUUUGUUGAUGACCUGAACCUGCUCAAAUCAGUAGCAGAAAGAGAAAGGAAUGAGAAGGAGAGGGAGUCAAUCAGAAGCUCUUUGUAUGAACAGCAGCUGGCCAUUGAUGAUGCAGACUCCACCAAGAACCGCAGGCUUGUGGAUGACUAUGACUCCACUAAAAGCGGGCUGGAUUAUAAAUUCCAAGACGAUCCAGAUGGCCUGCAUCAAUUAGAUGGCACUCCUUUGACUGCUGAAGACAUUGUUCAGAAAAUUGCUGCAAGAAUUUAUGAGGAAAAUGACAGAGGAGUGUUUGACAAGAUUGUAUCAAAACUGCUAAAUCUGGGGCUAAUCACAGAGAGUCAGGCCUAUACCCUGGAAGAUGAAGUGGCAGAGGUUUUACAACAGCUAAUUGCAAAUGAAGCAAAGAAUCGUGAGAAGGAGUCUGAAGAUUUUGAUCACCCUGCAAGCAGAGCAGACAGUGAUACAAAAGAAAAGCAAGAGGAAAGAAUGACACCAAGCAAAUCUGAUCAGGAUAGUUUCAUUAAUGGAGAAGUUGAUGAUACACUGGAUAACACGUGGUCAUCAUCUAAUGUGUUGGAAAGAAGAAAUGAGCUGCCUUCUGAAGAUAAUUUUGAAGACCUCCAAUAUUUUCCAAAUUUUUAUGCAUUAUUAAAAAGUCUUAACUCAGAGACAGAAACAAAAGAGAAAGAGACCUUGAUAACUAUCAUGAAAACCCUGAUUGAUUUUGUGAAGAUGAUGGUUAAAUAUGGAACAAUCACACCAGAAGAAGGAGUUUCCUAUCUUGAAAACUUGGAUACAAUGAUAGCUGAGCAGACAAAGAAGAAGCUUGAGAACCCUUCCACUAAAACCAGGGCAAAAUUAACAGCAGACAAGAGUAGUGAAGAAGCAGACAGUACGAAGGAAGAAGCAGCUAAAAUGGAAAAGGAAUAUGAAGUUUCAAAGGAUUCUACAAAAAAUGAAGGACAAAAUGUAGCAGGAAACAGUGAAGAAUCUGGAGGGAAAUCUGAGGCAUAUUUGGAAGCAAUCAGGAAGAACAUAGAAUGGCUGAAAAAACACAAUAAACAAGGUAACAAAGAAGAUUAUGAUCUUUCAAAGCUGAGAGAUUUCAUUGAUCAGCAAGCUGAUGCUUAUGUGGACAAGGGUAUCCUGGACAAGGAAGAGGCUGAUGUAAUUAAGCGCAUCUAUGGCAGCCUGUAAAAAGUUAGUGACUGCCAAACCUGUAGAAAUCUAGUCUAGUUUCCCCCACUCCUGGCUCAAUGAAUUAUGGUCUGUUAAUUUGAGGAUAUCAUUAGAAAUGCUCUGUUUACAUUGUACUGACAACUCUAGACAGAAAUGAAGAGCUGUAGUGCUCCAUUCACUUUCUGCAUACUGUAUUUUCCUAUAAUCACAAAUCAACCCUAAACACCAAAUUCUGACACUCAAUUUCUAUUUGAUAAGGUAACUAUUUCUGUAAUGUUUUCUUUGAUUUAUUGUUUAUGUGUUUGGUUUACUUUUGUAGCUAAACCAAUCAUUUCUGAUGGAAAUUUCUUUUUAUGCUACUUUUUUUGCUUUCACUCAACAAGCUUUCUAUAGAUGCAACUAUGUAAAGGGCAUUAUUAGA